UGCCUGGAGUCACAGGGUAAAACGCGUCGCUCCCCUCCGCCCCCUCGCUCACAUUUAACCCAGCCUUGCAGCCUUCCAAUUACUUCUCUCAAGCUCGCCGGCGCAAGGGCGCCCCUUUUCAGCCCGACGCUCCAGGUAGCCGGGAAGGACAUGAGCAGCCGCCGCAGCUUGAUUUCAACUUGAUUUCGCUCGGCGCAAGCCCUCGGCAUCCCCUGCUCGCUCCCGUACGGAGGCUUCCUUUGAGGCGGGAGGCAAUCCCGGGUCUUCUCAUUGGCUUCCUCUUGAGUGGGAAAAGGCUGUUCCGGCCGGCCAGGUGCCAAGCGAGCUUUCGGAGAAGCCGAAACCCCAAUGGAGAGGAUCCCCAGCGCUCAGCCUCCUCCCGCUUGUCUAGGCAAACUGGCUGCUCUCGACGGUGGCGACAUGUCCGGGUUGGACUUCGCUCACAUGUAUCAAGUUUACAAGCCCAGAAGAGGCUUAAAAAGAGGAGACGACAGUAAGGAGACUUACAAGUUGCCUCACAGGCUGAUUGAGAAGAAAAGGCGUGAUAGGAUUAAUGAAUGCAUUGCCCAGCUGAAAGACCUUUUACCAGAACACCUCAAACUUACAACUUUAGGACACUUAGAAAAAGCGGUUGUUCUUGAACUUACCUUGAAGCAUGUCAAAGCAUUAACUGGUCUUAUUGAACAACAGCAACAGCAGAUCACAGCCCUCCAAAAAGGUUUACAUGCCGAUAAGCUGCCACCACGGAGUCUUGAAUCUAGCCAAGAGAUAUUUCGGUCUGGGUUCCAGAUGUGUGCCAAAGAAGUGUUACAAUACCUGGCCAAGCACGAAAAUGCCAAGGAUCUGAAAUCAUCUCAGUUCAUGACCCACCUGCACAGAAUGGCAGAAGCUCUGCAGAGUGGAAUCAGCCGAACGCCUGGAGAUGCCACCCCAAAGCUUACAGAUCUGAAGGAUAAAUCUCCAUCUCUGACCAAAGCUUCUGAGGCACAUGGGAAAAACUGUGUGCCUGUGAUUCAGAGGACUUUUGCCCACUCCAGUGGAGAACAGAGUGGCAGUGACACAGACACAGACAGUGGAUAUGGGGGUGAGCUAGAAAAAAGUGACUCUAAAUCCGAUCCACAGUAUUUUAAAAAGGACACGGAGCUGAAGUACGCUGCUCAAGAGAGAAUCACUUCUAUUAAGCAAGAAAACGAGGAUCCACCAGCAAAACGGACCAGGAUGGACAUGUCAGAGGAUGAAGACCAUUUUAGUAAUAAUGUGCUUGGCUCUUCCUCCAACAGCUUCUUAGGUCCUCAUCCCCACCAACCUCCCCUCUGUUUGCCUUUUUAUGUUUUCCCUCCCUCAGCGACAGCCUACCUGCCUAUGUUGGAGAAGUGUUGGUAUCCAGCCUCUAUGCCUAUCUUGUAUCCAAGCCUCCCAACGUCCACUGCAGCACUUUCAGGGUUAAUGAACCCAGAGAAAAUGUCUUCUCCUUUGCUAUUGCCUCACCGACUCCCCUCGCCUAUACCAUCCCAUUCCCCCAUGGACUCUACAGCUCUUCUUCAAGCUUUGAAGCAGAUGUCUCCUUUGGAUCUGGAAACCAAAGACUAAACAAGGAGAGCCUCUCUUGCUCUAUUUGGUUGAGUUUUGAAAUUAUUUUGGAUUUCUCCCCCAUUCUAAACUGUAUUUGGGAGGCUACGUGUCCAAGUCCUAGAAAAGAUUUCAAAGAUGCAUCCCAGUUAGUGGAAAAAAAGGACAGGUGUGUGUUUUAUUGCUACAUUAAAAUGUUUGGAUAUGCUUUUACCUUUCAGCUAUCUGAAAAACCUUAAAUCAGCUAGGAUUAUACUUUGAAGCUGUGAAAGAAAACAAAAAGAUUAAACAGAUUUAGAGAAUGUGCAGAAAGAAAAAUCUGGUGUGUCUGAUGAGGACUUUUCAGGUAAUGAUCUCGAGAAGCAAAACUUCAGAAUUGGAUAGAAUGGCUUCGGUAGCUUUUUGGCACCACCAAUAUCUGAGAUCUUAACAUCUAGAUACAUAACAUUUAUUAUAGCAUUGCUAUGAAUCCUUCCAGUAACAGUCAUUGGCUAGUAAAGCAUAGUAAGUAAUUCAGGGAGAUUUUGAAUCUAGUUUUUUGCCUAUUUCAGCUCAACAAAAUUUCCUUCCUCUGCCCCAAAUACUGUCUGGAAGUUUUGUUUAGUUUGAGCUGCUAGAUAGGUACUACUCUGAGGAAGCCAUUUUGGAAAAAAAAAAC